UUGAAUUAAGUUUUGAAGUAAUUAUGUCUACAAGAUGGUAUCCUAUUUAUCAGAAAGGAGGUCCUCAAUUGAGAGUUUUUCUACCUAAUUUUUGGAUGAAACUUGUUAGACCAACUGUGGAGAUUCCAAGUAAUAUUGUGCAAUUUUCUUGCUCAAUGGAAAUGACCAAGUAUGAUAUUAAAAAUUAUCUUGAAAAAAUUUAUAACAUCAAAUGCAUACAUGUAAGGACGCGAAUUCACAUGCCAAAAACAAGGCGAGACCCAGGAAAAGGAUACGUGAUCAAAGAUGAUGAUAUCAAGUUUGCUUAUAUUACACUGGUG